UCCAGGGGUCUGCUGUGUCCCCCAUCCCCAAAUCCUGGGAUCUCCUGCGCCCCCGACCCUCCAAAUCCAGGCAUUGCGAUCCUGCAUGAGCAGGGACACCCCGAACUCCCUGCUCACCCCUCGGGGACCCGGUUUGGGGCUGUGCCCCCCUCUGAAGGUCCCCGUGUCCCCCUCCCACCGCAGCGGGAGCGCCGAGCUCGGCUCCAGCGCGGAGCAGCUGGGGGGGCUCGGCCGGCGCCGCCGGGACCCCCGCAGGGCGCCCCUGGUGCACAGCAGCGAUGACCUGGACUCGCUGCUCUCGCAGGACGAGGAGGACGAGGCCGAUGUGAAGCGGGCACAGGAGGACGCGUGGAGGCUCCCGCUGCCCCGGGCCGGGCCGCGCUCCCGGGGCUGGUCCCGCUCCAAAUCCGCGUCUCUCGGUGUCAUCGCCAGUGUCCCCAGCGAGGAGGGUGAGUCUGUCCCCCCCUCCCGGGACCCUCGUGUCCCCCCGGGUGGCUCGUCCCCUCCCACGGGCAUUUGUCCCCUUCAGGGGGAAUUGUUCCCUUCCAAGGGUGGCUUUUGUCCCCGCCGGGGGUAUUUUGGCGCCUCCAAGGGCGCUUUGUCCCCGUCCGAGGAUACCCGCUCCCUAAAUCGGGGGGCAGAGACACGGGGGAGGGGCCCGGAAGGGACAGAGGGGGUUUUUGGGCUGUUUUGGGGUAACGGCCGGGGAGUGGGAGAAGAAAAUUUUGGAUGUAUCCGGGAGGAAAUGAGGAAUCGGGAAUGCGGGCGAAAGGGGGAGUCUGACCACGUCCCCCUCCCCCUCCGGGGCCCCCCGGGGGUUUGA